ACGAGGAGACACUGUGCAGACAAAGAGAGGAUCUAUUAUUCUAUCAGAUCCCGCAGUCCGAUGUAGCCUGGUACAACUUGACUGAAAUAAAAUGCGGUGGAGUUUCAGAUAGAUGAAGCUGAAACACGUCAAACUUAGCAAACCCCACGUACAGGAGACUUGGGUCCUUCAAAGAUCGUUCCUUUUUCCUUGAAUCCUUUGGAAUGCCUGAAUCAAAGAGAGGUACAAGCAGAAGAUUAUUGGAAUACAGAGGAGUAAGAAGUGAUCUGUGAGUGUGGAGAGCGCUAGAGAUGGCAGUGGAAUCUCGUAUGUGGGGGGCAGUGCCUUUUGCUGCCAUGGUGUUGGUCGAGUGCGCAGAAAUUGGAGUAUCAACGAUAAGUAAAGCAGCCAUGUCAAGAGGGAUGAGCCAUUUUGUUUUCAUUGUUUACUAUAAUGCACUCGGUACUGUCCUGCUCUUCCCCUAUUUCAUCUUCCAAAGAAACAAGAGAGCUCCUUUGAGUUUCAAACUCAUUUGUAGAUUCUUCCUGCUUGGCUUAAUAGGGAGUUCAGGUAAGAUUUUGUUCUUUGCUGGUGUCAAAUACAGUUCACCUACCCUUUCGGCAGCACUGGCAAAUCUUACCCCCAUCUUCACUUUCUUGCUUGCCGUAAUUUUCAGGAUGGAAAAGUUCGAUUUGAGGCAAACCAGCAGUCAGGCCAAAUCAUUAGGCACCAUUAUAUCGGUAUUUGGGGCAUUAAUAGUAACCUUCUACAAGGGGCCUGCUGUUUUGAGGACUUCCUUACCACAUUCUGGCUUCAAAAAUCAGCAUAUACAUUCACAGCACUCAGCGUGGGUUUUCGGAGGUCUACUACUUGCAAUUCAGUGUAUUGUGUCUUCAUCAUGGAAUAUCGCUCAGGCAGCUACUGUCAAGGAUUAUCCAGAAGAAAUGACCAUAGUCUUCUUCUACACCCUCUUUUUGACGAUUCAAUGCUCAGUUAUCUCACUAUUUGUGGAAUGGAAAAAUCCAAGUGCAUGGAAAUUAAAGCCUGGAAUUGAGAUGGUGGCCAUUGUCUAUGCGGCUAUCUUCGUGAGUGUGUUCCGCAUUGGUGUUCAUGUUUGGUGCUUGCAUAAGAAGGGGCCUGUUUAUGUAGCCAUGUUCAAGCCACUGGGAAUUGCUAUUGCAGUGGCAAUGGUUGUUAUUUUCCUUGGUGAUGCUCUUUAUCUUGGCAGUGUGAUCGGAUCUAUUGUAAUCGCUCUUGGAUUUUAUACGGUGAUAUGGGCACAGAUAGAAGAAAAGAAGAUGGUGCCCGAUGAUGAAGCUCAAACACUAGAAUUAUCUAUCCAAAGGGAUCCCCUUUUGCCAAGUAAUGUAACUGAAGUAUAAGAGUUGUAAGUGAAAGUUGGGGCGGUUAUAGUACUGAAAUUACUAGAAUACUUGUCUUAAUUUGUAUAUUGAGUUUAAUAUAUAAACCGUUUUUGGCAUGAAGAGUCAUGUCAAAUUGAA